AUGCGGCGGGGGUGCGCGCCGGGCUCCGCGGAGCGGGAGGAGCCGGAAUAUGACAUUCAAGAUAAGAUUAACUUUGAAAUCCGCAUGCGAGAAGGCAUCUGUAAACUACUGGCAGUGAGCACGCAGAAAGACCAACUGUUGCAUGCUGUGAAGAACCUGAUGGUUUGCAAUGCCCGCAUACUUGCGUACAGGGCAGAGCUACAGAACCAAAAAGAAGAGAUGGUCCGAGUCAGAACUGAGGGAUGGUCUUCAGACAUUGGGUCAAACAACCGAGUGGCAUGCAGAGCAAAGGUUGCAAUAUCAGAUAUUCGAAUACCAUUGAUGUGGAAAGGCUCUGAUCACUUCAGCAAUAAAGAAAAUUCACAGCGCUAUGCAGUGUUUUGUCUGUUCAGAAUGGGAGCUGAGAUUUUCGAUACAGAAGUGGCUAUUGUGGAUACAGCAAUAACAGAUAUCUGUUUUGAGAAUGUAACCAUAUUUGAUGGCGCAGGACCAGAUUUUCAGGUGAAGGUUGAAAUAUACAGUUGCUGUACAGAGGAGUCUUUAUAUGUAACAAACACUCCAAAGAAACUAGCAAAGAAACUUAAAACAUCCAUCAGCAAAGCUACUGGGAAGAAACUGAAAGCUGCACUGGAAGAAGACAGCCCUGAAUCCCUUUUGCUCACUGACCCAGUCAUCCAUGGAGCAAAAUACAGUUUGUUGGCAUAUGCCACUUUGGGGCUGGAGAGUGCUGAGGACAAUUUCAGGACCCACAGCCUUGUCAUUACAGGAAAUGAGGAAUCGUCUUUUUGGCUCCCCUUGUAUGGAAACAUGUGUUGCCGUUUAGUGGCUCAGCCAUCCUGUGUGGCUAUGGAUGUGAUGGCAGGGUUUCUUAACCAGCAGCAAAUGAUGGGAAGUGUGACUAACUGGAGGAGACUGUAUUGCAUACUAAGAGGCGGCAAACUCUUUUGCUAUUACUCACCAGAAGAAAUUGAGGCUAAACUGGAGCCAGCAUUGACAGUUUCCAUCAACAAGGAAACUAGGAUUCGAGCUGUGGAUACGGACUCCAAGGGAAGAACUAACAACUUUUCUGUUAUCAACCCUCUGUCUGGAGAGGCUGUGACUCAACUUUUUGCUACUGACAGUAGGGAAGAACUUCGUAAGUGGAUGGAGGCUUUCUGGCAGCACUUCUAUGAUCUCAGCCAGUGGAAACAUUGUUGUGAAAAACUUAUGAAAAUUGAGAUUAUGUCACCACGGAAACCACCUUUGUUCUUGACAAAAGAGGCGACCUCCGUCUAUCAUGAUAUGAGCAUUGAUUCUCCAGUGAAACAUGAGGGCUUAGCUGAUAUCAUACAAAGGAAAAUCGGAGAGAGCGACAGCAAGUUCCAGCUUGGCCAACAAAUGGAGUCUGCAUCUUCCUUAUGGGCCUCGCUCUUUGACGGAUCUCAUGAGAUUGUAGUUCAGAAGAACGUGCAUCCAGGCGCAAGAAGUGAGACUGUAAGUCCCAAUGACGGCCGCGGAAAGAAAAGAAGAGCUCCGCCUCCACCAUCGGAUACAUCACCGUACUCUGCAAAAGCACAGGCGAACACAGAGCAACUGGGCAAGAAGUCUGGCAGCACAUGUGUGAGUUCUUUUGAUUCAAAGUUACCUACCAUACUGCAACAGAGACCCAUUGCUGCUCCUCACAAGCUUGGUCCUUGUAGAAAGAGCAGUUUAACUGACCAUAGAAAUUCCAUUUCACUAGUUACCAAGACAGAGUCUGAAACUAAACUGGUACCAGCCCCUAGACAAAAAUCCAUCAAAGAAAUGCUGGACCCUAGAUCUUGGUUGCAGCCAUAG